AUGGGUCAACAUUUGUCCAGCAUUAAUUACCAACUUCUUCACUUGACCGAAUCAGAUCGCUCUAUUCCCAGUCCUGCUGCAAUUCUUUCAAAUAUUGGCCAGGAAGAUGUCAGUAUAUUUUUAUCCUCGGAAAUUUCUUCUAAUAAAACCAAUGAUGAAAAUCGAAUGGCCAGAUCAUGGAUAAAACAAAUUCAAAAUUAUUUAUACCUUUUAACAUAUAUACCUGAUUUUGGAAUAAUCAAUACUACGUUCGAUAAUAUAUUCAUAUCAAUUAUCACUGAUUAUAGACAAAUAAUACAAGAAAUAAAUAAUAAUCUUCAAAAUCAAGAACAACUAAAAACAUCUUUUGCAAUUAAACAGAAAGAUCACAACAAUAAUAGACAACAAUCUUCGAUUACAUCAAAACUUUCUAGUCUAUUCAAAUCAGCUGAAAGACAUAUAUCACCAAGAACUCCUCACAUAUCUGAAUCAAAAAAAGAUUCAUCAUCAUCACAUGAUCGAAUUACAGAAAGACAAUUAGAGAGAGUUUUACAUAACUUUUUAAUUUCCACUACUUCACUGAAAGACGUUCUAUAUGUUUUAAAACAACUACUAUUCGAUACAACUAAUGUUUAUGCUAUACGAAAUAUUCUUGCACAAUUAAAUGAUCGUUUUACAGCAAUUCGUAGUGAAUGGGAAAAAGAACAAAUCAAUAAUAAUAACAAUGAAUUAAAUCAAACAACAGGUUAG